CGAGGUAAUGCAAGCGAGCAGUUCGCAACUUAGUCAUAUCUAGUCUCCGGAAUAUCGGAAAAAGUAACGUUAAUUUGUGCAAAUAUUAUUAAUUUCGAGAUUACUCAUCUCGUCCAGCGAAAGCAUCUUGUCAAAAGGGAAACCUGCUGGUGGUUUUUGCACUCUCGGCCACUCUUUGCUCAGCCGGCACUCUAAACGCCCGACCCGCAUUCCCCGUACAAACCGGACAGAUCCAGCCCUCCGGCCAGAACUCCAAACAGCCCGGUAGACGCAUCAUGCAUCCCGCCUUCGCCAACGCUGGUCGCUCCGCCGGCCUGGAGAUCUGGCGCAUCGAGAACUUUGAGCCGGUGGCCUACCCAAAGAACAACUAUGGAAAAUUCUACACCGGAGACUCCUUCAUCGUUCUGAAUACCAUCGAAAAUAAGAAAGACAAGAAACUAUCCUGGGAUGUGCAUUUCUGGCUGGGAUCUGAAACAUCCACUGAUGAGGCCGGCGCCGCAGCUAUUCUCACCGUCCAGCUGGACGAUCUCCUCAACGGAGCACCUGUCCAACAUCGCGAAGUGCAGGAUCACGAAUCGCAGCUGUUCCUUGGCUACUUCAAAAAUGGCAUUCGUUAUGAGCAAGGCGGAGUCGGAACUGGCUUCAAACAUGUGGAGACCAAUGCCCAGGGCGAGAAGCGUCUGUUCCAAGUGAAGGGCAAGCGCAAUGUGCGCGUCCGUCAAGUCAACCUCUCCGUCUCGUCGAUGAACAAGGGAGAUUGCUUUAUUUUGGAUGCCGGCAGCGAUAUCUACGUCUAUGUGGGUGCUCAGGCCAAGCGCGUGGAGAAGCUGAAGGCCAUCAGUGCCGCCAACCAGAUCAGGGACCAGGACCACAAUGGACGUGCCCGCGUUCAAAUUAUCGACGAUUUCAGCACCGAUAGCGACAAGCAGCAGUUCUUCGAUGUGCUCGGAUCCGGAUCCGCUGACCAGGUACCUGAGGAGUCGACCGCUGACGAGGACGGUGCCUUCGAAAGGACCGAUGCUGCGGCUGUGACCCUUUACAAGGUCAGCGAUGCCAGUGGCAAGCUGCAGGUGGACACAAUUGGCCAGAAACCACUGACCCAGGCUAUGCUGGACACCCGCGACUGCUUUAUUCUGGACACCGGCUCCGGUAUCUUCGUGUGGGUUGGAAAGGGAGCCACCCAGAAGGAGAAAACCGAUGCCAUGGCCAAGGCUCAGGAGUUCCUGCGCACCAAGAAGUACCCGGCUUGGACCCAGAUUCACCGCAUCGUUGAAGGCGCCGAAUCCGCACCCUUCAAGCAGUAUUUCGCCACGUGGCGCGAUGCUGGCAUGCAACACACCCGCCUCAUUCGCUCGGCUCUGGACAUUGGCUCCGAUGAUUCCCUGGAUGUGGACGAAAUCGAUGCGGUGGUGACGCAGCUUAAGAAGAGUGGAGGACGCGCCAUUGGUUUCAUGCCUGAUCACGGUCAGAACACUAUUGAAUCUAUUACCCAGUACGUGGGCAAGGCCGGUUCCAGCGAGGUCCUGGUGAACACCGUUCCCUUCUCAGACAACCUUCCUCUGCUUGGCUUCGGCUCCUACGUGCUGUCCUACAGCUAUGAGGCCAACAACGGAGACAAGGGUGCCAUCGUGUACGUUUGGGAAGGAGCCAAGGCCUCAGCCGCCGUUAAGGAGCGUGCCUUCCAGGAAGGACAGGAUCUCGCUGCGGAAAAGAAUGCUCUGUUAGUGCUGACAACCCAGGGGCACGAGCCACGACACUUCUACAAGAUCUUCAAGGGAAAGCUGCUGGCCUCGUACACUGCUUUGCCGGUUACUUCGCAGCUGUUCCGCAUCCGUGGCACCGUCGAGAGUGACAUUCACGCCAGUGAAGUGCCCGCCGACAGUUCAUCGCUAGCCUCUGGCGACGCCUUUGCCCUCGUAUCGGCCAAGUCGCAUAAGAUCUACAUUUGGAACGGUCUGGGAGCUUCCGCUUUCGAGAAGAAGGCCGCUGUUGAGCGUUUUGCGAAUUAUUGGGACGACGCCGAAUUGGAAGAGCUUGAGGAGGGUGCCGAGCCUGAGGAGUUCUGGGAGGAGCUGAACGGCGAGGGCCAGUACGAUCGGAGCCUUGGUGAUAGUGGGGCCCCACUGCUGGAGCCGCGACUCUUCCAUUGCCGCAUUACACCCCAGGGACUUGUGAAGGUCGAGGAGGUGGCUCAGUACGAGCAGGAGGACUUGGACACCGACGACGUCAUGCUUCUGGAUGCUGGAGACGAAAUCUACCUGUGGGUAGGCUCUGGUGCCUCAGAGGAGGAGAAAUCCAAGCUUUUGGACAUGGCUAAGCGCUACAUCCGAGUGGAGCCCACCGCCCGUACCAUUGAGACCGUCAGCAUUAUCAGUGUGCCCCAAGGAAAGGAGCCUCGCGUUUUCAAGCGCAUGUUCCCCGCCUGGGACGACGACUAUUGGCAGAUUCAACUUCUGCAAUGGAUUCUGCAGUGGUUUCGUUUUUUGGAAUUUCUAUUUCUUGUUCAAUAUUGGUUCGUUUUAAUUGAAUUUGUUUUAGCAUUUUGAAUAUUAUUUUACGUGAUUUAUAUAUGGCACAAAGGAUAAGUAUUACAAUUAAUAAUAUGAGUUCAAGGGAUAUUUUUGUAUUUCCUAUUUUUACAAACGGGUUUAUAAUGCUUAUGUUGUCUAAACUUAGUUCGGAAUCGUUGGAAAAUAUGUAAUCUGUUAUUAUAUAAUUAUUGUAUUUAUACUGUGAUAUAUAAUCCAACAUUUUCUGUUUUUCGUUGAUGUAUUUUAUAUUAUUGAUAAUUAUGCUUUCAUUAAAUAAAAUCAAAAAUGCGCCAUUUA